UGACAGCGGUCAAUAAUGAAGGUGGCUGCGGCGUGGCGGCCGGCUCAGCUGCGCCGGGAGGGGGCGGCGCCGGGGCCGCGCCUGUAGGACCUCAGGGCCGGCGCGGCGAGAUGGGGACCCGGCGCGGGGAGUGAGGUGGCGGCGGCGGCGAGCGGAACUUCAGCCAGAGGGGCACUCCCGCUUCCCCCUCUGGCUCGUCAGCUUCCACCUGCAGCCCCUCGGCCCCCGCGUGCCGCGGGACCGGGACGGCGACGGCGGGGGCAUGUGGCGCUGGGUUCGGCAGCAGCUGGGUUUUGACCCACCACAUCAAAGUGACACAAGAACUAUUUACAUAGCCAACAGGUUUCCUCAGAAUGGCCUUUACACACCUCAGAAAUUUAUAGAUAACCGGAUCAUUUCAUCUAAGUAUACUGUGUGGAAUUUUGUUCCAAAAAAUUUAUUUGAACAAUUCAGAAGAGUGGCAAACUUUUAUUUUCUUAUUAUAUUUUUGGUUCAGCUUAUGAUUGAUACACCUACCAGUCCAAUUACCAGUGGACUUCCAUUAUUCUUUGUGAUAACAGUAACCGCCAUAAAGCAGGGAUAUGAAGAUUGGUUACGACAUAACUCAGAUAAUGAAGUAAAUGGAGCUCCUGUUUAUGUUGUUCGAAGUGGUGGCCUUGUAAAAACUAGAUCAAAAAACAUUCGGGUGGGUGAUAUUGUUCGAAUAGCCAAAGAUGAAAUUUUCCCUGCAGAUUUGGUGCUUCUGUCCUCAGAUCGGCUUGAUGGUUCUUGUCACGUUACAACUGCUAGUUUGGAUGGAGAAACUAACCUGAAGACACACGUGGCAGUUCCCGAAACAGCAGUAUUACAAACAGUUGCCAGUUUGGACACUCUUGUAGCUGUGAUAGAAUGUCAGCAACCAGAAGCAGACUUGUACAGAUUCAUGGGAAGAAUGAUAAUAACUCAGCAAAUGGAAGAAAUUGUAAGGCCUCUGGGGCCAGAGAGUCUCUUGCUUCGUGGAGCCAGGUUAAAAAAUACAAAGGAAAUUUUUGGUGUUGCUAUAUACACUGGAAUGGAAACAAAGAUGGCAUUAAAUUACAAGAGCAAGUCACAGAAACGAUCUGCAGUAGAAAAGUCAAUGAAUACAUUUUUGAUAAUUUAUCUAAUAAUCCUUAUUUCUGAAGCCAUCAUCAGUACUAUCUUGAAAUAUACAUGGCAAGCUGAAGAAAAAUGGGAUGAACCUUGGUAUAACCAAAAAACAGAACAUCAAAGAAAUAGUAGUAAGAUUCUGAGAUUCAUUUCAGACUUCCUUGCCUUUUUGGUACUCUACAAUUUCAUCAUUCCAAUUUCAUUAUAUGUGACAGUUGAAAUGCAAAAAUUUCUUGGAUCAUUUUUUAUUGGCUGGGAUCUUGAUCUCUAUCAUGAAGAAUCAGAUCAGAAAGCUCAAGUCAAUACUUCUGAUCUGAAUGAAGAGCUUGGACAGGUGGAAUAUGUGUUUACAGAUAAAACUGGCACAUUGACAGAAAAUGAGAUGCAGUUUCGGGAGUGUUCAAUUAAUGGCAUAAAAUACCAAGAAAUCAAUGGUAGACUUGUCUCUGAAGGACCAACACCAGACUCUUCAGACGGAAACUUAUCUUAUCUUAAUAGUUUAUCCCAUCUUAACAACUUAUCCCAUCUUACAACUAGUUCUUCUUUUAGGACCAGUCCUGAAAAUGAAACUGAACUAAUUAAAGAACAUGAUCUCUUCUUUAAAGCAGUCAGUCUCUGUCACACUGUACAGAUUAGCAACGUUCAGACUGAUGGCAUUGGUGAUGGUCCCUGGCAAUCCAACCUUGCACCCUCCCAGUUGGAGUACUAUGCAUCUUCACCGGAUGAAAAAGCUCUAGUGGAAGCUGCUGCAAGAAUUGGCAUUGUAUUUAUUGGCAAUUCUGAAGAAACUAUGGAAGUUAAAACACUUGGAAAACUGGAACGGUACAAACUGCUUCAUAUUCUCGAAUUUGACUCAGAUCGUAGGAGAAUGAGUGUGAUUGUUCAGGCACCUUCAGGUGAGAAGUUUUUAUUUGCUAAAGGAGCUGAAUCAUCAAUUCUUCCUAAUUGUGUAGGUGGAGAAAUAGAAAAAACCAGAAUUCAUGUAGAUGAAUUUGCUUUGAAAGGGCUAAGAACUCUGUGUAUGGCCUAUAAACAGUUGACAUCUAAAGAGUAUGAGGAAAUAGAUAGACGUCUCUUUGAAGCCAGAACUGCCUUGCAACAACGGGAAGAGAAAUUGGCAGAUGUCUUCCAAUUCAUAGAGAAAAAUCUGAUAUUACUUGGAGCUACAGCAGUGGAAGACAGGCUACAAGAUAGAGUUCGAGAAACUAUUGAGGGAUUAAGAAUGGCUGGUAUCAAAGUAUGGGUACUAACCGGAGAUAAACAUGAAACAGCUGUUAGUGUGAGUUUAUCAUGUGGACAUUUUCACAGAACCAUGAACAUCCUUGAACUUAUAAACCAGAAAUCAGACAGUCAAUGUGCUGAACAAUUGAGGCAGCUUGCCCGAAGAAUUAAAGAGGAUCAUGUGAUUCAGCAUGGGCUGGUGGUAGAUGGGACUAGCCUGUCUCUUGCACUCAGGGAGCAUGAAAAACUAUUUAUGGAAGUUUGCAGAAAUUGUUCAGCUGUACUGUGCUGUCGUAUGGCACCACUGCAAAAAGCAAAGGUAAUAAGACUGAUAAAAAUCUCACCUGAGAAACCUAUAACAUUGGCUGUUGGUGAUGGUGCUAAUGAUGUAAGCAUGAUACAAGAAGCACAUGUUGGCAUAGGAAUCAUGGGUAAAGAAGGAAGACAAGCUGCAAGAAACAGUGACUAUGCAAUAGCUAGAUUUAAAUUCCUCUCCAAAUUGCUUUUUGUUCAUGGUCAUUUUUAUUAUAUUAGAAUAGCUACCCUUGUACAGUAUUUUUUUUAUAAGAAUGUGUGCUUUAUCACACCCCAAUUUUUAUAUCAGUUCUACUGUUUGUUUUCUCAACAAACACUGUAUGACAGCGUGUACCUGACUUUAUACAAUAUUUGUUUUACUUCCCUACCUAUACUGAUAUAUAGUCUGUUGGAACAGCAUAUAGACCCUCACGUAUUACAGAGCAAGCCUACCCUCUAUCGAGACAUUAGUAAAAACCGUCAACUAAGCAUUAGAACAUUUCUUUAUUGGACCAUCCUGGGUUUCAGUCAUGCCUUUAUUUUCUUUUUUGGAUCCUAUUUUCUAAUUGGAAAAGAUAUAUCUCUGCUUGGAAAUGGCCAGAUGUUUGGAAACUGGACAUUCGGCACCUUGGUUUUCACAGUCAUGGUUAUUACAGUCACAGUCAAGAUGGCUUUGGAAACUCAUUUUUGGACCUGGAUCAACCAUCUUGUUACCUGGGGAUCUAUUAUAUUCUAUUUUGUAUUUUCUUUGUUUUAUGGAGGGAUUCUCUGGCCAUUUUUGGGCUCCCAGAAUAUGUACUUUGUAUUUAUUCAGCUCCUAUCAAGUGGUUCUGCUUGGUUUGCCAUAAUACUUAUGGUUGUUACAUGUCUACUGCUUGAUAUUGUGAAGAAAGUAUUUGAACGACAGCUCCAUCCUACAAAUACUGAAAAGGCACAGAUGUACUCCAACACAGUUGCUUUAAGUGACGAGUUCAUCGCACUGCAGCCAUUGUCGAGGGCCAGGAAUCAGCUGAGCAAACUUAGCUUAUUAAAGCAAAUUCAAGUAUCAAGUGCUUGGACUCCAUGUGCUGUUUCUCAGAAGGAGAAACAGCGUGCGCAUCUGUUGGAAGAAUGCUGGAACGAGUAGUAGGAAGAUGUAGUCCGACCCAUGUCAGCAGGUGUGAAAUUUCUUUAAGUAGCCUUUGCUGCAGAUGAGUAUCCUAUAAACUGGAACAGGAUGAACCUGCAUCUCUAGAUACCUAAUAAAUCAGCCGCUGGUUUUACCAACUGAAGCGGGGAAGUGUGCUAUUUAUUAGCAUUCUUUGAUGGUAGAUUUCACUUUGUGGCCUUGGGGUAGGGGGCUCUUUCGCUAACAGAGGAAGAGAAAGCACCUUUGAAGAGACUUCAUCUAAUGAACGAAACAUUUUGGUUUACAAUCUUUUUAAAAUGUGCUGAAUAGGUAUGGUACUCUUAUUUGGUUUUUAGAACUUUCUUUUUUUGAUUAUACCUUAUAUUACUGUUUUAUUUCCUGUAUUUGUUUUUUGUUUGCUUUUUGUAUUUACAGAAUAGUCUACAUAUAAUAGUGAAAUCGAAGGAUUUUGCUUCUCUUACUCUUCAUGUAUAUUUUCUGGUCAGUCAUUUGAGACUGAGGUGUUUAUAAACACAAAGGCUGUAUUACUGCUCUUCUAUACCAUUCUAUUUCUGUGAUGAGGUUUUUUAAAUGAGUUGUGAUUUGUUUUUGCUUUUUUUUUUUUUUUUUUGCUUGGUAUUCAUGGUCUAACUAAAAGUUUAGAUAAGUUAGGGAUGCCAGGGUGGCUCAGUUGGUUAAGCAUCUGACUCUUAGUUUUGGCUCCGGUCAUGAUCUCACAGUUUAUGCAAUUGAGCCUUCAGCACAGAGCCUGCUUAGAAUGCUCUCAUUCUCUCUCACUCUCUCUGCCCCUCUCCCACUCAUGCUCGCUCUCUCACAUGCUUUCUCUCUCUCAAAAUAAAUAAAUAAAUGUUAAAGAAAAUUUUUUUAAGUUCAUAAGUUAGAGCAGACACUUUAAAUUAUGGUGUAGAAGAAUCUUAGCAUUUCUGUCCCUUCCCAAAUCUGUUUCUUCAAUUAGAUUUAUCAGUGCUUGCUUUUGUGGAUCAUAACAAAAAAUGCCAUUUUUUUGGUAAAUGCCACUUAAAUUUAUUUAAAAGUGAAAUGGAUUCAUAAAUUUUCCCGAGAGACACACUAUUUAGGUGAUAUUAAAAAGUAGAAGUAACUUUUUUCACACUUAGGUAUUCUUAAUGUGAAUUAUAUCAUAGUUCUAAAAUGAGAGUAGUAAUGCACUUGUACGCAUGAGGAGUUACAGAUGGGCAGGGGUAGACAGACGGCAAUUUCCAUUGUCCAGCGUGUACCACACGAAUAAUCACUUUCUACAUGUGCCAUGGCAUGGAAAAGGUUGGAAAAUACCGCAGGAGCAGGGAAUAAAGGAUGGAGGAGGCCCUAUAAUCUAAUAAAAUAAUUUUUCAUAUUUGCUUAGCUUUGUGUUUUAAAAAUGAAUAAAUACCAUUCAUAUAUCAUAAAAUUCAGGUAACAUUUACUGGUGGAUUUAUUAGUUCCCAUUUUGCCUUUAGUUAUGGCCAUGUCUUUAUGGUACAGUUGCAUUUAUAAAUAGCAUUCUUAUGUUAAUAUAAUGUCUGUGGUUUCAGUCUCCAUUUAUUGAUUAUAACAUGUGAUCAAAAAUAUUUCCACAAUUCUGUGGUAUCAUUUUGUAGUAAUUUUAUUCCACAUAAAAGAAUUACUACGAAGAGUUAAAUUUACUGGCACUUCUGUAUUAUGACUUCCACAAUUGUAUUGUAAAGUGCAUUACAAGAAAGAAGCUCUGUUAUGUACCCAAGCCACCAAGUUUUCCAAAAGAAGUUCCUGAAAGACCCACUUUACAAUAUUAUUUUACUUAUUAAGACAGCUUUACUAUACAGAACUAAGGUGGGAGUUAGACUAAGAGACAACUAUAGAACUUCCACGUAAUUUUUUAAAUUUCUAUUUCAGCAGGAAGUUCUCUUUAAUGACAGUAUACAUCUUCACUAACUAUUGAAAAACUAAAAUCAGGGGUGCCUGGAUGGCUCAGUCAGUUAAGUGUCUGAUUUUGGCUCAGGUCAUGAUCUCACAGUUUGUUGGGAGCCCCGCAUCAGACUCUGUGCUGAUGGCUCAGAGCCUGGAGCCUGCUUCAGAUUCUGUGUUUCCCUCUCUCUCUCUCUGCCCCUCCUCCGCUUGUGCUAUCUGUCAGAAAUAAAUAAAUAUUUUAAAACUAUAAUUAAUUUUAAAUAAGCCAAAAAUAUUUUUUUGCUCUAUGUACUGACUUUUUUGUAUACCAAUAAUUCAGGUAAUACGCCCCCAUUUUUCUUUACGUAGCCAUUUUUAUACUGCAUUAUCCCUUUGAACCUGCCCUUGGAAUUAUGGGACUUAUUUCGGCACAUGAAGGUGACUGUUAUCAUCUGUACUUUUUUUCACUUAAAAUUGUAUCAUAAUAUUUUCUUUUGUAAGACUUUUUUUUUUACUUUCCUAAUAAAAUGUUUAACAGUAUUAUCUUA